AUGGAGCUGUCGUGUGAGUCCAUCAGUUAUCCAGGGAACAGAAGACCGGUCAGUUGCAAGUUUGUGGAGCUCCAUGUGCUGUAUGUGCCAGACGACCAGUGGAACGUGAAGCUCAAUAAAGUACCAGCUGAAGCCAUAGAGAGCUUCAUAUCUGCAGGCUUCAUCAGGGUUUAUCCAGAUGUCACCCUGAGAAGUCUAAGGAGCGAGCUGGGCACUCUGCUUGGCCAAGAGAGGAGCAUCAACAAAUUCUCCUUCCUGAAAUGUGUGGGCCGCAGUCUUGCACUGGUUAAAAGCAAACAGGAGAGGGAUCUGAAAGUGAAAACAUUUGCUCCACCAUAUGCCCCACAGCCGGAGCUCUACCUGCUCCCCACUGUGGAGAGCAGCAGCAGCGCCUGUUCCCUCAGCCCGGACACCAGCAGCAGCUCCCCGGACCCCCCCACCUAUCACCACCCUCCCAAGACAUGCAGCCUGCCAACCAGGACAAAGGAGGCUGUUAAAUUCCCCCUCAUCCCCCAGUGUUCCCAUCAGCCACCUCCCACCCUAAGCCUGGAAGAACAGGAGGAGGAGGAUGAAGAGGAAGAGGAAGAGGGGGAGGAGGAGGAAGAGGAAGAGGAAGAGGAAGAGGAGCACAGCUACAGUUCUUCAGAGGGAGAUGGAGAACAUGAAGAGGAGGCUCUGUCUGCCAACAAGCCUGAGUGCACAGAGCAGUGUUGUCCAAGCAAGGCUCAGAGUCAAAGGGCACCGCAGACGGUGUCACUGAGUAAAGUUUCACAGCGACGUGAAGCCGAUUCAGUUCAGGCCAAGGAGCUGCCAGAAAAAGACAAAGAAACUUGCAGGAAGAAGAAACAGCACCAGAGAAAAGUGGCAAGAGAUUCAGGAGUGGCAGAGUCGCUGGAGGACGGAGAUUCAGGCUUCUCGUUCACAGACGGGGUUGGGAAAUCAAAAGAUGUAGGCACGCUUAAAUCAUCAAGCAGGGCGACAGAAAGUCCUGCUGUGUCGUCUUGGCCCGUCCGCUGCUCCUCUCCGCCUCCAGGGCUGCACAUGGCCUUGUUGACCCAUAAACCUGCUGCUCCCCCAGUCUUCCAGACAAACAGAGAGGAGCUGAUCGAGGAGAUCAAGCUGGUGAGGGAGGAGAGGAGGCAGCUGGAGUGGACGAGGCAGGAGCUGCUGAGGAAGGGAAAAGAUUUACUGGCCCAGAACAGACACAGGAGGAACCAAGCCCGGGACAGUUGGAAAAAGAAGUAUUUUGAAACCAAGAAGGCCACAGCGCCACUGGAGGACAGCCUGAGAAAGUUACGACAGGAGCUGGAGACGUUUUACAACAAACUCUUGCACCAGCUCCAGGCCAGAGAUAACAGAGGGAAGCCAAGACGCCAAGGCAGAUCCUCCAUCAAGAAUGAGCUGAUCAUUCAGAUCAUGACAGAGAGCCACGAGAUUGACAACUUGAAGAGAAACGUAGAAGAUGCCAAGAUGAAGCUGGUGACGGAGAUAAAGCUGAGGAAACAGGCUGCCACAGAGCUGAGGGCCCUGAAGGCCGAACUGGCCCAGAAGAAAAGUCAGUCGUCUCAUCUUGGCUUCGGAAAUAUGACACGUGACAGACCACAAGUUCAAAACACCUCUAUCUGAUUCACUUUA